CUUCCGCCAUCCACCACCCGCUUCAGUGCCAAGUGACGUCUGCAGUCCUGGACGAGGACGGCCCCUGCUACGCACCUGGUCGCCACAGCAACACCCUGCCACCCCCUGCCGUGUGCCCCCAUGUCGCUUCUUAGGUCUGUGUCAUAAGGACGGAUCCAGUGUGUGUGUGUGUGUGUGUGUGUGAGUGAGUGAGUGAGUGAGUGAGUGAGUGAGUGAGUGAGUGUGUGUGUGUGUGUGUGUGUGUGUGUGUGUGUGUGUGUGUGUGUGUGAGUAAGUGUGGGCGAGAGGUGACUGCUGCUGCCUCUUUCCACACCGCCAACACUCUCCCCCUCUGCCUCCACAAGCACACGUAAUCAAUAAUGAGUUUCACCAUCCGUCUGGCCUGGCAGCGCAGCUGAGAAGAGACCGAGCAACAGCGAGAAAAGGGAGACGGAAGCCUCCACAGGUUGAGACUUAAAAAAAAAAAGAAAGCAAGAAAACCCAAUAAGGUCACAACAAUGGGCCUCUGAGUUUAGAUUUCUCAGUGCCUAGGAAAAGAAAUUACAAAAAGCCAAAAAAACAUCUCGACUCGUCUCGUCUCCGAGUGCACAAACCAAACCGGACACAUAACUCCUUUUCCAUCAGCGCCGUCAUAUCGUCUGGAUUUUUCUUUUUGCUUUAAAGCCAAAAUGGCGGUUAACGUGACACCCAUUCGGGACACCAAAUGGCUGACACUAGAGGUGUGUCGCGAGUUCCAGCGAGGUACUUGUUCUCGACCCGACUCUGAAUGUAAGUUCGCCCAUCCGGCCAAAAGCUGCCAGGUGGAGAACGGGAGAGUCAUCGCCUGCUUCGACUCCCUCAAAGGUCGCUGCUCCAGAGAGAACUGUAAAUAUCUGCACCCUCCACCCCACCUAAAGACACAGCUGGAGAUCAAUGGCAGGAAUAACUUGAUCCAGCAGAAGAAUAUGGCCAUGCUGGCUCAACAGAUGCAGCUGGCCAACGCCAUGAUGCCUGGCACACAACUGCAACCUGUGCCAAUGUUCUCCGUCACGCCCAGCCUGGCCACCAACGCCACAGCACUGGUUAACCCAUAUCUGGGCCCUGUGUCUCCGGGCCUGGUGCCCACUGAGAUCCUGCCCAGUGCACCCGUACUAAUGACCAGCACCCCCAACGUUCCCAUGCCCGCUGCCGCUGCCGCCGCCGCCCAGAAGCUUAUGAGGACAGAUCGACUGGAGGUGUGUCGGGAGUAUCAGAGAGGUAACUGCACCCGAGGUGAGAAUGACUGUCGCUUCGCUCACCCGUCUGACAGCGCCAUGAUCGACACCAACGACAACACAGUGACCGUGUGCAUGGAUUACAUCAAGGGGCGCUGCUCGCGCGACAAGUGCAAGUACUUCCACCCUCCGGCGCACCUGCAGGCCAAGAUCAAGGCCGCGCAGCACCAAGUCAACCAGGCGGCCGCCGCCGCUGCCAUGACUCAGUCGGCUGUCAAAUCACUGAAGCGACCCCUCAAGGCAACCUUUGACCUGGGGAUUCCAUCCGUUUUGCCUCCAUUACCAAAGAGACCCGCACUUGAAAAAACCAACGGUGCCACGGCCAUGUUCAACACUGGCAUGUUCCAGUACCAACAGGCCCUGACCAACAUGCAGUUUCACCAACAGGCGGCGUUCAUACCAUCAGGCUCAAUAUUGUGCAUGACACCCGCAGCAAGUGUUGUUCCCAUGAUGCACGGUGCUUCGGCAGCCACUGUGUCAGCAGCCACCACAUCCGCCACAAGUGUUCCCUUCGCAACAGCCACAGCCAAUCAGAUUCCAAUAAUAUCUGCAGAUCAUCUGACUAGUCACAAAUACGUGACUCAGAUGUAGGACUUUAAACAAUCGCAUCCAAGUGUGACUUGUGUGCCGUCCGAAUUUUGUAGGAUCCACCCUUUAUCUUUACACGUCAACCAAAAGAGCAACAGAAAAUAAGAAAAAAAAAAAAAAGGAAUCAUGUCACCAUUCCCUGGAAUGACAGAAACACGCAUGCAAACACUGUUAAGGAUUUGAUAUAGCUGAAAGAAAAAAAGAUUUUUUUUUUGACCAGUUCAAAAGAGCAUCACCGUCUGCCUAUUUCCGUCUGCGGAUGGUAUGAAGCAUGUCUGAACCAUUACAACAAAGAGAAUCACACGGUAGUGGUGGUGUCUCCUGUCAUGUUGGGUUGUUUUUUUUUACAAAAUUGGGGUUUUGUUUGGUGGACAAGGUGUUUUUUUCUUUUUUUUUUCUUUUUAUGGUUUACAAACCACGGUGCACCUUGAAAACUUUAGUUUCAACUAACGUCAAAGAAAACGUGAAAAAGAAUGUCAUGUCAGACUAGAUAUCGUGCAUGCAGUUUUCCACGUGUGAGCAGAACUUUUAUAGGACUUGACUGAAAAAAAUUAAUACAUUCAAAGGUGCCGGGGUGGGGUGGGGUUUAAGGGACACGUAUACACAUAUACACAAACAUGCACACACAAACACACACACAGGCAAAAAUGACAACUGAAUGUCCGAGAUUUUAAACACAGCAGUGUUCCUUUCUUUUAACCUUCUUCAAAGCACAUGGAAGUGUUGAGCUUCAUGUUGCGGACUCCACAUCAAGUGCCAUAGACAGUACUUGCAUCCAAAAAAAAAAAAAAAAAAAGAAAAGAAAGAAAAAAAAAAAGAGUUAAAUAAUAAAAAUAGAGUUAUUAUAGGAGUGUUAUGUGUUUGUAUUAUUAAUGCCUUCAAGUCUAUAAUGUGUUGUCUGGUUCACUUUUUGUUUUUUUGAAACGUUCAGAAUUUUGUUUGAAUUUUUUUAAUUUUUUUUAUUUAUAAUUUUUUGCCCAAAUAUCCCAAAAAAAAAGUAUGGCCAAAAAAAAAGUCAUUUUUACCAAAAAAAAGUGACAAUUUAAUUGUCGGUCUAGCUGACUUUAUUUUACAUUCUCUUUAUAAUUUUUCUUUCAUUUUAUUUAAUUACAAUUAAUUUAUUUCAAUUGAUUUUUUCAGGUUUUUCAAGUGUUUUUUUUUUUUUUGUACAGAAACACUCAAAACUAGCAAGGACUCUAUUCUCCAUUCACACAUUUAUUUUGGGCAGAAUGUUAUUUAUUUAUUAUUUUAAUAAAUUGAAUAAACAGGUUGUAAUUCCAUAAUUGGGGAAGGAAAAUAUAAGAAAUAUUCAUGUUUUGGGGAUUUAAAAAAAAAAUCUAAGGUCCAUUGGUUUUCACCAUUGAUCAAAGAAUGUGGGUGUUUUUUUUGUGUUUUUUUUCUUCCUCCUCAGUCCUGUGUGGGAGAGCAACGAGGCCUGAGGUCAGAGAUGCGAUACAGAAAAGGGCUUCUGGGUAUUAAAUAAAUAUAUGUAAAAAAAUCCGGCCCACUGCACAGUGUGGGCGUCGAUGCAUCGCUACAUCCGAGGGCAGGAUUUUAAUGAUUGUACGAUUCAAUAGUAAAACGCCUUAGUCCAUCGUUCAGGCAAGUCCAUGCUCACAAUCCCAUGUGUUUGUUGUUUGCUUGUGUGUUUGUUUGUUUCUUUCUUGAAUUAAGGUUAGUUCUUUUUCUCAAAAUGUGUUUUUAUUUUUCAUUUCGGACAGGUUUUUUCAUAUAUAUAUGUCCAGAGGAAAAGACUAUUCUGUAUAACUAAGCUCGGAUACUGUUUCAGUAUUUCCUUUUUGUCAAGUCAGAUCUAACUUUUGUAGAGUGUGAAUUAUUAUAAAUAAUGUGGGGUUUGUUUUCCACGUUCUUCACACUAUACUCGUUUUUUUUUUAAUUUGUUGUGAAAGUGUAUUUUUUUUUGUUUUGUUUCGUUUGAAAUCUUCGAACAAACAUCUUUUAUAUGAAUAUAUCUUACGAUGACGAAAGAGACAUAGCUGCUGUGGCAUCAACCAUGGCUGAUAUUGGAAUAAUAUUUUAUUGAUUUUCUGGUUUGUAAUUAGUCGUUCUAAUUAGAAAGAGAGAGAGAUUAAAAAAACAACAGAUGAGUAUAGUUCUUAGAUGUUCAACGGUUGUUUUCUACUGUAUUCGUUUGAAAAAAAAAUAUAGUAACUAUCGUUCGAGUAUUUCCAAUCUCCCUAGACGUAAGGCCUUGUUAAAGGAAAAAAAGCUGCAUAUGUGAUGGUAAUGGGGCAGAUUGGAUGGACGUGAGGUCAGGAUGGGGAAUGUGUGUGUGUUAUGCCAUAAAAAAAAAAAGUUAAAAAACUUUUUUUUAGGUGACACCACACAAGUAACGUCGGGGACGAAGGGGACAAAAGUCGACUUUUUUUGCACUUCUGUACAUAGUCAAAAAAGAAAGAAUCGUGUAUAAUAUUGAGAUCUUAUUUUGAAUAAAAAAAUGUCUAUAAAUAUGAGGAAUUUUGUUAACGAUAUAAAAAAAAAAAAAAAUACACACACGCGCGCACACACACAUACAGAAAGUCAGGCUGCUCACAAAAAAAGUGAUACAGAAUUCCGAAAAAAGGGCAAAAAAAAAAUAAAAACGUCGCUUUGCUUUUUUUUUGUCAGCGGCUUGUAGCUUGGCAGAAAGCGUUAAGGUUGGAGGUGACCCUCGUCCUCCAGAGCAAAGGCCCUGUGAGAAAAGCCAUGUGGCCUAAACCCCUUUUGUGGUUCCUGAUUCUAAUCCAUAUUUUUUGUGUUUUCGUUUCUCGAACACUUCCCGUGCUGUCACAGGGUAAUUUGAGGUGGGAUAGUCAGUCGGACCAUGCAGUGGAUUACGCAGCCCAAGUCAAGUUUUUUUAAUAUAGACCAGGCUUAAUUACUGGAAGGUGUGCAAAAAUUAUACUUGACUAGAGGUUCUUACACUAUCUGAACAACAGUUUGUGGACACCUGAGCAAAUGUUUGGUAUUUGCUUAUUGAGCAUCUCAUUCCACAUUUGCUCUUAUAGUAACUUCUACUUUUCUGGGAAGAUGGUUCACUAGGUUUUGUGGAGAUUUGUGCACAUUCAGCAAGGAGCAAUUGUCAUGCUGGACCAGGUUUUGGGUUUUUUAGAUGAAAUAAAAGGCAAAUUUCAUGCCAUCCAAUUCCUCUGACAUCCUAUGUACGUUUUCAAAUUUGUUGAAGAAGCACAAACUGUAUGGCUGGAAAAGUGAGGUGUCCCAAUACUUUUGUUAAUAUAGUGUAGGUUACACAGAAGCCAUCUUCACUCCUGGAUUGUUAUCUUGUGCUAGAAUACUGUUCAUGUCGAAGAUCAGUGUUUGGCCACCCCAACAUGUUAAACCGAGAGACACAGAAAAUCACGAAUCUCCUAAACAAUAUAACGAUAAACAUUCAUAAGGAACAAACCUAUAGACAAUAAACGUACACAUUCUUUUAUACGACCUUAUAACCACUACAUAAUGCUCUUUCGAGAAAACGUCCAUUGUAAAACGCGCUAUACAAAUAAAAAAAUAUAUUUAAUUGAAUCCUAAACAGUGGUGGAUUUUCGAAUUUAGUAAUGUAACAUGAGAUUCUACAUUGUUUCAAUUCAAAAAAUUGUUUAUUUGCAAUUUUUUGUGGGUUGAACAUUUUUUGAGAGCAAAAUAAUUCCGAAUUUCGAAUCACCUUUGUGUAAUAAUGCUUUAUAAUAAUGUCAGAACAUAAUGUCGUGUGUGUGUUCGAGCAACGAAAACGAUCAAACGAAGCAGAGCAAUCAGGAUUAGGAUUGACAAUAGCCUAAAUGAAAUAGAUCCAACCCAUAUUUUCUCGUUUCUUUUUCCGAGGAUUGCAUGUUAAAGGAUGUAACAUAUACCACAAGAAACCUUCACUGAGUAAUACCGAAUAAACAACCAUGUUAUACAACUUAUUUACAGUAUACUUAUUAAUGUAACGGACUAAAUAAAACAAAAAAAAGGACAAAAAAACAAAAAGUGGCUAACAAAAAAAAUUAUAAUAGAUUCCUAGAGAGCAUUUCCUCAUCGAGGUUUUCGCUCUUGAUGGAGUAAUAACAACUGUACAUCAUAGCUAUAAGUACAUAAGAUCUUUCUUUUUCAUACGUUGUAUUUUUUAAGUAGAUGAUGGAUCGACAACCGAAAUUCUUUGGCACUCUGAAGUAAUGGGUACCUGUGGUGUUCAGUUAAGAAACGUUUCGCGUCCAUGUUGAGUUGCCAAGUGGAUUCUGUGUUACCAAAGUUUGACCGUGCUUACGCAUUUCCCGCUCGUUUCCUCGACUCGACUCGAGCCCCGGUUACCGUGGGGUUUGCGAGUUUUCUUUUGUUUCGUUUUUUUUUUUGGUUUUUUUCCAUCGGCUACCGGUGCACAUUUGAGUUGAUGACACGUUGUAAUCUCCAACUUAUGGUUUGUUUCUCCUGCUUGUAGUGAUUAAUAAUGUAUUCUGUCUAAAGCUGCAGUUUGUUUCGGCUAAUUUUAUUAUUUUUAGUGCUUUCAGGAAAAUAAAUAAAUAUAUAAAUAUAUAUAUAUGUAUGGGUUUUUGUAAUUUAGCCACAUUUCAGCAUGCACUUCUAAUGGCCUGCUGUCACAAUCCUGACAAAACAGUCUUAAGCCAUAAAACAAUUGAAGGAUUCAGAAUCAUCUAAUAUUCAACCGUGGGGCAGAAUUCUGCCACUCCAGUUUAUAGCAAGGUCAAAAAAAACAAAACAUUUAUUGGCAGGUCAUUAUUGGAUCUGAAUGCUACAUUACAAAGACCUUUAAAGUGGCUUUUAAUGCUUGAUUUCAUUCUUGCUGUUAUGAAAAAAAAUCUAAUAAAAAUAUAUAUAAAUGAACUUAAAUAAAAGUGGAUUUGCAAACAAA